AGACGUCAGAGAACGGUUCAAGAUGUUCAAGAGCACGACUGCUGCUGCCGCCGUGCUGCUGGCAUUGGCGCUGGCCUCUGUCGUGACAGGCCAGAUUACCUGUGACAAUGGUAACACACCAGUGGACGUCAAUUUUGAGGUCGACUACGAUGUUUACGUCGAGGGCAACCAGGUCAAGUACUGGGGCAAGAGCGGUACCAACUGGACGCAAGAUGAUAUCAAUCAGGACCGGUUGCUUGACGUCUUCUUCCGGGGCGCCAUUGUGGCCGUCGUCUUUGGCCUCCUCUUCUUUCUUGGCAUUUUGUGCUGGGCCAUGUGCCGCUGCUGUUGCUGCCGCCAGAAGUGCCGCCUCCACGAAGUCUCCGCCACCUGCCAGAUUGUUCUGCUAGUCCUGGUUAUCCUCAUGGUUGUCAUCGCCAUCAUCUUUGUUGGCGUGGGUCUCGGCGCUGAUAAGAAGCAAUCCGAUGCCAUGACUGGCAUUCCCGAGGUCGUCCAACUCUUUGCUGACAUCCCGGAUGAAAUUUACAACGCCUCGGUGCCCUUGUUUGAUCUUGUUGAAGAAACCAUCGACACCAUUGAAAACAAUGACGGCCUCCAAGCUGCUGGUGUCGAUGCCGACGAUCUCAGACAGAUUCGCGACGCCCUUGAAAGCAUCCGCGAAGAAGCCAGCAGCUUUGAUGCUUCAGAGCUGACCAAGUCGUUUGAUGAUGAUUUGCAAGACUACGACAAGUCCCGCUCACGAUUCCUUCGUGCCGUCCUCGGCGUCUUGUGCGCCUUUGUCGUCUUGACGGCUAUUUUUGCCCUGUGGAACGCCAAGGGUCCCGACACGUGCCGCCCGGCCGCCACCGGCGCUUGCAAGCCCAUCACAUGUAUCAUCUCAUCCUUGACCCUCCUUCUCGUCCUUAUCCUCUGGAUCGUGGCCGCCGUCUUCAUCUACGUUGCCCAGCUUUCCAGCGACUUUUGCAUUGACGCGGACGUCCACGUCAUGCAGCUGGCCGAGUUUGAUGCUUCUGCAGACGGCGACAUUGGUGUCUAUUACAUCACCUGCGAUCAGGAUGAAACCCUUCGCUCGUGCAACAAUCCCUUUCAAGGCGAUAUGAAUAGCAUCCUUGAGGCGCUUGAGGAUUUCGGCACAACUGUGAAUGACAUUGACUGUUCCGGUGCAGCUCCCUAUGUCGCGGAGUGUGAGAGCGGCAAGCAAGAAUUGAUCAACGCUUACAACGAGCUCAACAACAUCACCACCACCUUUGUCGAUGCUGUUCUAGGCUGCGGUCUUUUCAACGAGCGCUACCAAGCGGUGGUCAUUUUGCUGUGCAACGAUUUUGCCGGUUCUAUCGGUUCCACCACUCAAGUCCUUCUUGGCUUUGCCGUCAUCUUCUCUCUCACUGAGAUCUUCGCUCGCCUGCUCUCGGAUACAUUCGAGGAGCAGUAUGGUGAUCUUGAGGCUGGCAGCAAGGCAGUCUAAUCCCUUCCUGAUUCAGUGAUCUUUCAAUCUUUUUUUCUUGCUAAACGCGCUGUAUUCUUUCCUUCUGUUGUUUCUUCUCCCCAUUCCAUGUUGUGUACACCCUCCCCAGCUGCGGGCCGCGACUACUGUCAAGUUGGCUGGCUGCUGGCUUGACAACAGUCGCGUUGAUUGGCCCACCGCUCUGGAACCUUGUGUCAUCCGUUUUUGGGUCCCUUAGUUGUGAUCCCACGCACUCAUGCACGUCACCGCACUUUGUCCGGGAGCUUUGAUUGGUCGUGUCUAGAGUUGUGUUCAUCGAGUUGACUGUGCUUGUUCUGAAUUGAUCUACUCAAUAGA